AUGCCCGAAAUCUCUAUCGAUCCGUCAACGUGGCCACUCUACGUCUGGCUCUCUCUCCUAUUGGUCGUACCCGCCGUUACGCUCCUCUACGACGUCAUGAUAUGGCUCCGAAUGCCACCAGGCCCGCGUCCCCUCCCUUUCAUCGGCAACAAGCUUCAGCUGCCGAAGACCAAGCCCUGGGUGCAGUUCCAGCAGUGGUCUAAGCAAUACGGCCCGAUCUUCACCAUUUGGAUUGGACGCAAACCCAUGGUGGUCAUCUCAGACCCUAUCGUCGCGUCGGAGCUCAUGGAGGUCCGGAGUAGCAAGUACUCCUCGCGGCCCCGGAUGGUCGCCAUGGGAGAGUUGAUGUGGGACAACGCGAGCAUCUUGGUGCAGCCGUACGGGCGCAAGUGGAGCGCCCGGCGCAAGCUGUUGCAUACCGCUCUCACACCACGUGCCCUGCGACUGUACUGGCCGGUACAAGAGGCAGAAGCCAGCCGGCUCGCAUACAGGCUGCUAUCCCAGUCAGAGGACUACGUCAAGCUUAUCGAGACGUUUACGUCGAGCAUAGUGUUCUGUGUGGCGUACGGGCAUCGAAUUGACUCUUUGGAUGCCAAGAUCAUUCGGGAGCGCUUCGAGAUUAUGCACUACACGGCGUCGUUAAACGUGCCAGGGAGAUACCUCGUCGAGAGCAUCCCGGCGCUGAAGUACGUUCCCGACAUUGUGGCCCCGUGGAAGAGGGAUAUCAAGGAGCACGGGAGGCAGGAGGCUGUGGCCAAUAUGGCGCUGAUGGAGCUGGUGAAAGGGGACAUUGCGAGGGCAGAGAGAGAAAGAUCCACGGACAAGUUGCCCGACUCGCUCUGCAAGAUCGUGCUCGAGGCACGGAAGACUGAGAACAUCCCGUUAUCUGACCGGGACUUCUCGUUCGUCCCAGCUUCCCUUUUCGGUGCUGGAUCCGAUACAACAGCGUCGACGAUGUGCUCCGCCUUCUUAGCCCUCGUCACUCACCCCGAUACUCUCCACGCUGCGCACGCUGAACUGGACGCAGUCGUUGGUCCUGACAGAACACCGACGUACGAAGACGAGGAGCGUCUUCCCUACGUCAGAGCCUUUGUCAAGGAAGUUCUGCGCUGGAGACCCGUCGCCGUGCUGGGCGGCACUCCCCAUGCAUCGACGGAAGACGACUACUUUGAGGGCUACUACAUCCCCGCUGGAACGACGAUCCUCGGCAACUCGUGGGCUAUCAACCUCAACGAGGAAUACUACCCGAAUCCGCACCACUUCAACCCCUUGCGCUUCUUGGACGAGAACGUGGCGGCCAGAGCCAGCAACACAACUGCCAGCAGUAGUGCUCACGAAAAGAUCGACGUCGAGCUAGGAGGAAAAGCGCACCCAUCCAAAAGCGGACACUCCUCAUUCGGUUGGGGACGUCGCAUCUGCCCAGGUGCGAAUCUUGCGACGAACUCGUUGUACAUCGCGCUCGCCAAGUUGCUGUGGGCGUACGAUGUCAAGUCUCUUCCGGGCAAUACGUACGACACGUUCGAUUAUACCGAAGGAUUCAAUAUCCGGCCCAAACCGUUUGAGUGUCUGAUACAAGUAAGGAGUGAGCGGCAUAGGCAGGUUUUGGAGAAGGAGGCCAAAGAUGCCGAGCAGUUCUUGGAGAAGUUCACGCCGUUUGAGUAG